CGGCCUUCGAAAUGGGGUGCCGGUUCCUAAGGACAUUUAUAUAAUAUAUAGUAUAAAACAGCGUAUAUAGCGAUUUGUGACACCCUCGUUCAUUGAAGAACACACUUGGAGCAAGGCUACAAGUGCAAGAGAUUCAAAACGUGAAAAUACAACUUUGGUUGCAUGUAGGAGUUAAUUUAAGUGUCAAUAGUUCAUGUUGAGUUAGUGCACAGCCACAGGUUAGUUUUGCUUGCAUGACCGCUUCAUGUUCAAACGGUGUACGACGUGUCAACAGACACGGUAGACGACAAUUUUAAAAAGAUACAAUGUCAAAGGACAAUUCGUCAAAGGGAACACAUAAGAAAGGCGAUGUUUUUAUAUUUGCGCCUCCGGAAGACGAUACCAAUGUACAUGAUGACAACCUUUUGAAUAUUGCAGAAGGUGGGAACGUUGUGGAAGAAUGGUAUCCUGGACUGCCUUAUUCAGAUUUUGAUGCACACGACGGGAAAUUCGACUGUAUACAGAAUACUGAUGAGCCUAGUCUAAUAAUCCUCCAGCGACGGGAGGAUCCUUUCGAUUUUUUACAAAUCCAAAACGCACCUGGAUUUUCAGAUCAAACUGAUCAUGCAACAGGCACCAGAAUUGUGCUGACUUCAAUGAAAAAAACUGAAAGGUAUACAGGUUUUCCAGCGAACGAUGAUCUUCCUUUGAAGACAAAAACGUCCUUAUUAAAAAGGACGAUAUCCAUUUCUGAUGAUAAAGCUAUUAAUGAUCAUAUACAAGUAGCAGAAGUAAAAUAUUUAAUGAGCUGUACAUCUGGCCACAAACUAGAUGAAAACACUAAAGUCAGAUGCUGUAAAAUUGCGUCGGCAAUAUUUUUUGACGAUGGUGACAACUUAAAGACACUUCUUGUAAAUGAUGUCACUGAUAGCACAGAGCAUAUUUCGGAGGAAAGAAUUCCGUUGCUCAAGAAGAGAAAUAUAAGAGAAUAUUUCCACGACCCAUUGUGUAGCGCGGAAAUUCAACGUCGUAUACUAGAAGCUGUCGAGUUGGACAGUUUGAAUUGUUUGAAUGUGCUCUGUGAUACUUAUGAAAAGCAUCCCUUUUCAAAAAAGGAAGAUAUCCAUCUGUUUCACCGCCGGUUCGGUUUAUCUUUCUGGCCAUUGAGCGAACGUCCAAAAGAGACUGCUCUUCACCUUAUUGCAAACAAACAUACAUCAGUUGAAGCGAUGGAAGUUUUACAAAAGCGACCGAAAUUUCUGGAUGAUUUUUCAGACAUUCCGGACAGUCAUGAUUCAUCACCACUUCUUCUGGCGAUCAAAUGCAACAAUAUGGAGGUGGUUAAGCGAUUGCUCGCAAGAAAACCAGACUUAAACAAGCGAAAUAAACAUGAUGAAACGCCUAUUCUUGUGGCAGCUUUACAUGACGCUGAAGAUGUUAUAAACGAAAUGCUGAAGACAUAUCCUGAAACAGAACUUUUUGAAGUCAUGAAAAAGAUUGAUGGAAAGGGCCAUUCUAUUCUCUAUCCCGCCUCACAAAGUGGAAAGGCAAAGGUGCUUAACCUCAUUAUGGAGAAGGGAUGGUGGCCCGAUUUUUUAGAACAAGAGAAGAAAAUAACAGAAGAAUGGGAAUCAUUUGUUUGCAACGUUUGUGCCACAGGAUGUAUUGAACUGGCAAGAGAAAUUUUAAUACAGAAUAAUGAACUUCUGGAUGCAAAAUGUGAUAAACGUGCAAUUACCCCUCUUAUGAGAGCCGCCGAAGCGAACCAAAAGGAAAUUGUCCAACUUAUCUUCGACAUUAAUAAAUCGGAUAGUGAUCUUUUUAUGGCUUGUGAUAAAAAUGGCAGGAAUGUCUUCCACCAUGCUGUGGGAAACCCUGAUAUUCUACGUUAUCUACUUGAAAAGUGCACGCAGAGCAAAAGUACCAAAGCUAUUAAUAAAAUGGACAAAUGGGAAAUGACGCCGAUAAAGCUUACAGCAGUUAUGAGAUUGGAGGAGAGUUUCAAAAUGCUCUUAAAUCACACUACAAAUAAAGAGGAUUUAUUUGCUGCCCAUUUCAUUGAUAGUGUGCAUAUAGAGAUUUUGAAGACGGGUCUUCUCAACUGGCGACGAAUGGAUCGCAAAGCAGUAGCUGAUCUGCUGGAUGGAAAGAUCAAGAAAAAUCAGCCAUUCUUAGAGGCCGCCAAGAGAGGAAACGUCGAGUUAAUGGAAUUUUUCUUGGAACAAGGAGCGAAUCAUUUACAAAAAACCCCAGAAGAUCAAACCGUGCUUCAUUACGCCGUAAUUUCUGGGGAGCUUGCUGCCAUGGAAUUUCUGCUGAGUAGAAAGGAAUUCCGGGAAAUAAUCGAUUUUGGGGAUGACAAGAACAUGACCGCGGCUGGUUAUGCCACUAAGCUCGGAAAGGCGGCGAUACUAAGAUGUCUGUUGGAGAAUGGUGCGAAAAUGAAAAGGAAGACGGCCAGACAUAACAUCUUAGAUUGUGCGUAUGGACAUUAUGAAACUGCCCAGGAAUCUUUGAAAGAAAUUAUUGAGUUUUGUACAAAUGAAGAAACGAAAAAUGAUAAAACCCACUUACUUCAAGAGUUGUUUGAAGACUCCCGGUUUGGUGCUGAUCGUAUUAUGGCACAACUGAUUGAAAAAACACCCGAAGUCGCUAUGAUGAUUUUUGACCUGUGUGUUAAUGAACAUAGACAUUAUGCCUACACUUCUUAUUGUAAAAUGGAGGAAGAAAGAAAAGUUUUGUACUUGUUCUUUCCAUUCAAACGGCACAAAACGGAUGGAAAGCUUGAAGCAAUUGAAAGUAUGGUUAACAACGAAAGAGACGACUGUUUGGGCCAUCCACUAGUUUUAAGAUUCCUAAACUACAAGAUGCAUUCAACGGGAUUUAAAAAAUGGUUCUACUUUAAUGUUUUUUUCUACCUCACGUUCCUGCUAACCUUAACGGUAUAUAGCACUCUUCAAAGUCAAGGAUUAUACAAUUUAAAAUCACCAGGAAUGAUUGCAUUAUCGCUUAUUAUUUUGGCCUUUUGUGCACUUCAUUUCAUCAAAGAAAUACUACAGUUGCGUCUAAGUACUGCUAAUUAUAUAAAAGACUCCGAUAAUUACAUCGAAUGGGUGAUAUUCAUCUGCGCUGUCAUUUAUGUGGUGCCAGGAGGAAGUACGAAGACUAAAGUGCAGAUUACAGCUGGAGUUAUAUCGGUGUUUCUGGGUUGGAUAAACUUCUCCUUUUUCCUGAAAAGAUUUUCAUUGUUUGGGAUCUACAUCAUAAUGGCUAAAAGAGUUUUUCGGACCGUUUUCAAGGUGUUACCGUUCGUCUUGUUGUUCAUCGUUGCAUUUUCGCUGUCAUUUUCGCUGCUCCUUUUCCUAGAUAAAGGUUUUAAAAAUAUUCCAAUUUCAAUUUUGACAACAUUCGUCAUGAUGACUGGAGAAUUGGACUAUCGGGAUAUUUUUCUACCAAGUGGACCAUUUAACGUUUUGCAAAAGAUACUUCUUGUGUUAUUUAUUCUCAUGAUCUCCGUCACCGUGAUGAAUUUGCUGACUGGUCUUGCUGUUGGAGAUAUUAAUGACAUAAUGGCUCGUUCGAAAGAAGAAAAAAGAAUUUCUAGGGCAAAGCUUGUCAUUACAUUGGAAAGAAAUUUUAACAGAAUUCCAUUUCUCUCACCACCUGAAUUUAAAGAUUUCGUAGAGGACCCACAAGAGAAAGAAUGUCAGUCAUCGUGGCUAUUACGCCAAUGGAAAAAGGUAUACGACGAUGAUGAAGUUGAGGAACAAUUAAAAGUAAUGGCUGAAAAAAAGAAAGACGAUUGUGCAAAACAGUUGAAUGAGCUGAAAGAAGAGAUCAAAAAGACAAAUGAAUUCGUGAAAGAAUUCGAAGCGAAGAUUGAGAAUAAAUUACAGAAUAUUGAAGCGUUGUUGGUAAACUUUCAAAGAAGGGGUUCAGGUCCACUCAGCAGUUAAAGUACAUAAUGCCGGAUGAUUGGUUUAGAUUUAGAACAUAGAAGUAGUAUAGGAGACCACAUCAAUCAUCAAUACCGGGCUCAUUCUUUCCCAAAAUCUUUAUUGAGAGAAGUGAGAAUUUUUAAACUAGAAACAUUAUCAUUUAUUCAUCUUCAUUUAUAUUCGUGAUUAAAAUAAAGUGAACAUCAUAACGCAAUAGGAAAUGAAGGUGAUAGCCCCGAAGGUAUAUUUUUUACUAAUCUGACUGCCGUAAUGAAGUUCGCAUAUUAUUAAAGGUGAUUCAGUAUAUUAAUAUUUGCUCUCGAAAAUUAUGAAAAAUUAAGGUUCAUUUGCUGAAAAGUUAUAUUUAUG